AUGGGCAUGUCAGCACGCUUUUCACAGCACGAAAGCCUGGCGAAGUCGCCGCCUCGGGAGCGAGGCAGGCCCUUCACUAAAGAAGCCGAGCGUUUGUUGAAUCUACACGACAUCUCCCUUACAACGAUCCAAGCUUGCCUUUUGCUCGGGGCGUCUGCAGUAGUCGAGGGAGAAGGGGCAACGGAAUCCGUUUACUUCAGUGUUGCAUGCCGUAUGGGGAUGCUACUGGACCUUCCUAAUGCACCAGUAACAACGCGAAUCCAGCAAGAGCUCAACUUCAGAGUGUGGUGGGCGUUGUAUGAAACGGAUACAUGGUCAUCAACCGGCGUGCGACUGCCGAAGAUGAUGCCAUUGCGCAAUGUGCCGCUCCCUAUGGCUGAGAAGAGAUUUAUCGAGCUCUCGCCAACUAUCCCCCCCAAUCGAACCUACAUUGCCAGCCGAGGCUCCCCAUCAGCGAAAUCACACGUACCGCAGGACUCACUGAUAGCACAUUCAGUGGUGGUGAACCAAAUGUUCUCCCAAAUCGACGAUGUUAAUGCACGAGCCGUCUCUGGUGAACUUGAAGGUUUCGAGCUCACGCAGGCUGUCGAGCAGCUAUCGCUUGAGCUGGAUUCCUGGGUUUCCAACCUGCCAGACAAGAUGAUCAACACGCCCGAGAAUCUCGUGUAUUGGACAAGGCAAGGCUUCGGUAAUGUAUUCGUCGUGCUGCACAUGGAUUUCUGCCAUUUGUGCCAGAUUCUCUUCUAUCAGUUCCUCCACGGCAGUACGAACCGAACAUAUCACCACCAGGACCAGACCCAGUCUCAGCUAAGGAGCAAGUAUGCCCAAAAAUGCAGACAAUACUCGACGGAUGUGUGCAAUCUCAUCCACCUCGCAAGCGAAACCGAAGGGGCCGAACUCCUCAACUCGAUCGUCGGCCACGUCCUGGCUAUUGCCUCCACUGUGCAACUGCACAUCCUACUCUUCAGCGACAGCGCAGUCGACAGCCAGCGAGCCCGCAGACUGCUCGAGCGCAACUUUGAGCUCCUGACCCGUCUGAAAACGUACUGGCCCUGUAUCGAUAUCUCAUUCGCCCGGUUUGAGGCGUUUCACAAAGCCUGCUUGCGUUGUCAGGACGACUCGCACUUUCAGAUGGACCAGUGGAUGCUCAAGUUCAUGCUCGAGUUUGCGGCGCCGCUCGCUGAGAGAUACGAGGAUGAAGGAGACGGCGAGGACAGUCUUCAGCGCCCGUGGUCUUUGAUCAGCACGGAUGUCUAA